CCCAGGGGAGGGAGACUACGAGAGGCAGGCUUCGGGACUUCGCUUAAUGUACAGUGUCUUUUUCCAACUUUUCAAUGUUCUUUAUGAAGACCAAUAACAGUGUUUUAACGACUUGCGUUCCUUCGAUUCUACAUUUGUUCUACAUUUUCAGUAUCUUCAGUAAAUUACUGGAGUUUAGCGUAUAUAUAUUUUUUCGGCAACCGCGGGAAGUAUUUCGUUUCAGAAUUGUUAUAAAUUUCAGACGUGGUACUCGGGAAAAGAGACAACUUUUUUGGAAGGUGGCAGGAAGCAAACUGGUUUUAGAUGCGUAACAACUUAAGCGGGCGAUAGACAUGUGAAUGCGUCGGCUGCAGAAAUGACACGUGAUUUCUACUGCUAAUUAAUUAACUAGUUAUAACAUGCUAUGUAAAUAAUUUCAACGGUUCCAUUGGAUUAGCUAGUUAAACAUGUCAAAAGUCCGGAAUGCUCCGUUGUCAACUCUAUGGUGGCAUUUUUGUCGAUAUUUAGUCGCUACAGAGCUUAUGAAAGUUACUAUAGCAUUUCCGUCGUUGUUUACUGUAUGGUCGACUGUCAUCUUGGAAUCAGUCUUAUCAACAUCAAUUUGACUUUGUUCAUCUCGGUUUCUGAAGUUCAACAAACCUUGCCAUUCGUUUGAAACCUAUAGGGAUACAGUGCGGUGGGGAUAGCCUACAUUCACACAUCUAGCGUAAAGAAUAGUAGGGGGAAUUGCUUUUGAGAUACUUGUUGCAUCUGGAGUCAGUCAGCGAGAUUUUACCAUUUUUUUCCUUGCUCUGGAAAUGUGACAUGGAAUACCGCUAAAUUGGAUACAUUUUUUAAACCAGACGUAACUGUAGCAUGUUUAUAGUGGGUUGGUCACAUAAUUAAUUAUCAACAUUGUUGCAAAAGGUUUUUUAAAAUAUUGCCAGUGGUUGAAUAUUACAAGAGCCGGUGUUUUGGAAGUGUCCGGACUGAACCGACUGACAACUUCAACCUGCACGUUGAAAAUGAGAACUGGGCUACUGUUUAUCUCGUGUAAGGACUGGAGCUCGUGUUGUAUGUGAAGAGUGAAAUCAAUAACCUUUUUCAACUGGAACAAACUUUUAAAGCGGGAACCCACAAAGAGGAGGACCGUUGCUGGGCCAUAUAUUUAUUGUCCUGAAUCAACUCCGGUUGUUGCCAGCUUUGAAGUCCACGAUGUGCGGCCGGAGCCCGCCGCUGCAGCCGAUCCAAUGACCGUUCCCCAGCGGCGAUUGGCCGGGCUCUGGCCGUGGCUGCUCAUAGCGGCCCUGCAGGUGGUGUUCGGUCAGACGGGCCUGGAGCUGGCGGCGGCCGUAGAGACACAGCGCUCGGCCCCCAGGGCUGUCAUCAAGGUGACACUGCUGAGACACGAGCCCACGGGGAAGCCCAUCACUCUGGAAGGGCUGUUCGUCGGAGGGAGCGCCGGCUCUGCAGAGGGGAAGCUCAUGCAGUCUCACCCUCUGUCCCUGUGCAACACCAGUGAAGAUGAGCGCCAGGAGUCUGACUUCAUCAGCAUCGUCAAGCUGGAAAGCCCGGAGCGCAAGGUGCCUCAGUGUCUGCCCCUGCUCGACAAGGCUCGCCUGGCACUGGAGAGAGGUGCUCAGGCUGUCAUCUUCGAUGUCACCGACGACAACGACGCUGCUCUCGAGCUGCAUGACUCUGACUCCCUGCCGCUUCCGGUGGUGCUGGUGAAGGCUGAGGAUGCUGAAGAGCUGAUGGGACUGGUUAACAAGAACGAGGAGGCAAGAGUCCGCAUCGACAUCAAAAAAGAGGACCCAAAAUGGCCCCACUAUGAUGUUGGUAUCUUGCUCACUAUAGUCCUGGCUAUUCUGGCCAUCGUUUUGAUCUUUGCCUUCCGGUACCGAUGCAAGUCCAACAGAACCUGGGACUCAGUCCAUCAGCAGACCAUGCGAGCCAUCAGUCGUCUGGAGACGCGAAUGUACAGCUCUCAGGGCUGCGGGGGCUCACAGCGCCACCGUGGGGGCUGGGGGUCUAAUAGCAGCUCCAACUCCAGCCCCGUCUGUGCCAUCUGUCUGGAGGAGUUCCUGGAUGGACAGGACCUGAGGAUCAUCUCGUGUGCUCAUGAGUUCCAUAAGGAGUGUGUGGACCCCUGGUUGCUGCAGCACCGCACCUGUCCUCUCUGCAUGCACAACAUCAUGGGUACAGAGCUGUCACGUCAGCCCCAGAGGAGCAGACUGCAGCAGACCCCCGAGCACAGCCAGGGUUUCCUGCACACCCACCCCUACCCCCACGCCUUCCCCCAGCAUCCCAUCCCCUUCUCCAUGAGGCCUCACUACCCCCGUGGCCCCUCCGGCCCCUACCCCUCCCUGGGCCACUACAGCAGCUCCCCACCCCUGGACCCCCAGACCCUCCGCUUCCUCCCUAGCUGGCCUCUUGGCUCUGGCUGUGGAUACAUCCACCCUACAGAGGGCCCCGGGAGGCCUCACAAGGCCGGGAGCAGCUGUAGGACGGCAGGUCACCCUCUGGGGUCCCACUACGGCCCCGGGUCCCACCGCUCCUGCCACGCCUACCGCUCCGGCUGCCCCGCCCAGCGCAGCAACUCCAGUUCCAGGCUCCACCACAUCCCCUCCUUUGCUCCCCGCGCCUCCGAAGGGGGGGCCCAUAGCCGGGGGGGCGAGGGAGGCAGCUGCUCUGGGGGGAGCUACCGGACAGAUCGCAGUGGCUACCUGGCAGACGGGCCGGCCAGUGACUCCAGCUCUGGCCCCUGUCACGGUUCAUCCAGUGACUCGGUGCUCAACUGUACCGACGUGUCCCUGCAGGGUGUGUACGGUAGCUGGUCCACGUUCCGCAGCUCCCUAAGCAGUGACUAUGAUCCGUUUGUGUACUACGGGCCGGGUUUGGGACGGACAGGCCGCAGGGACAGCAUGGAGGCAGGGGCCCAGAGACCAAGGUCCCUGGACUCAGUGAUGAACAGAGACAGAGGACGAGGGAGCCCUGAGGAGCAGCCACAGGCUGUGUUUAGCCACGUCCACUACCACCGCCACAGACACCACCACUACGGAGAGGACGGGGGGCGGGAGCACGCCCAGGGACAGGGGCCAGGCAGGGGGUCAGACGAGGAGCAGGGGGCUGCUGUUGCUAUUGGCUCUGGUACUGGUUCUCCCCCGGCUCUGGACAAGGACUUCCCAGUGUGCCCUCUGAAGCACAGCCCCUGUCAGUGCCCUAAGGCAGAACACACAGACAGUAGGGAGGCCCACGGCCACAGGAUAGAGGGUCAGGACCAUGAGCUUAGCCUCAGCCCCCCGUCAGGCCCUCCUCCUGUCCUGGUAGCACCAGCACCCUUAGCAGCCCCAGCCCCCUGCUGCCACCAGGACCACGGCCAUGGAGGCCACCCCCACCGGAGGGCAGACCGGCUCGGCGGCUGUGUCCUCGACGGCCCCUCGGUGCUCUUCCACCAGAGCCUGGAACUGCAGGACGACUGUAGCAUCCACAUUCACUACGGCCAGGGCCCCAGCUACUGCUGCCCCCCGCCUGACCUGCCCAUGCCUGUGCCUUUCAUUCUGGACUCUGGGGGUAUGGGGGGCCUAGAGGACUGGGCCUGCUGUGGAGGGCCCCACCAUGUAGUGUGGCAAAAGCGGGUGCAGCAGGCCCACUCUGAGCCGCAGUUGCUGGGGCCAGGGCUGGGGGGCCCUAUGGACAGACCCCCGCCCCCAUGCAGCAGGCGCCACCACGGUCACCACAGCCCAGCGCACGACCGCAACACAGACUUUUGUUUAUACUGCCAAACAUUACACAACAAUCAGGGAUCAGAGGAGGAGUCCGGUGUGUGAUAACUAACUAACUCGAAAGGUGCAUCCCCAAACUCACGCUGCUACGUACCUAGGAGCCGGAAUGGACAAACACGUCAUCGGCGGCCAUCUUUCUCAAGUCUUCCAAAUAAUUCCACAUGAAAUACCUGCAUUCAAACUACACUUCCCAGAAUCCCCCAGUCAGUGCUGAGUUAUAUCUGUCAACAGAGAUCAAAAUGAGUUAGAUUGUGAUUAUGUUGAACAUUUGUUUCUUUUGACCAUCAAAUCAAUGAAAACACAAGUCAAGUAGAGACCUGAAAUUGCUCAUAUUCAUUGUUGAAUUUAAGUAUGUCACAAAGGGGAAAUUUGUUUUAUUCUCUUCUGCCUUGUUGUUGUUUUGUUUUGUAAAUUACACGAAGAAUUCAAUACCGACAUGAUAUUACAAGUUCCCAGUUUGCCUUAGUGACCGCUAGGAAUUCUCACUGCUCAGGACUUGAGCCUCGAUUCACACUACGAAACUCCCCUACUAUUUCUCUCAGUAGAAAUCACAUGGACAAAUUGGAUAUCUAAUUCCUUGAGUGGUUAAGUACUUAAUCGAUUAUAUUAUGAGGUACUACUCAGUAAUACUUGAUUUUCCCUCAUUACUCCCAUAGAUGCUCAGUUGGAGGUUUCUUGCUCUUUCCAGCCUGCCUCAAAUCAGAUUCAGAAAUGUGUUCCAGUGGCGUGGGUAUCGCAAAGGUACUCAGAGCUACAGAAAAGAGCCUAGAAGCUUCUCUCUGGGCAACCUGCCCCAUUGGGGGAAAACAGUUAUUUUCUUAGCCGGCCUUACAAGAAGUGUGCAUCCUGAGAGGUCACUAGAGGCUAGCAUGGGGACAUGUGUUGGUUAAUUCAAUAAUGGCAGCUGCUUCCAUCACAUUUUGUUUGCUUUGUGUUUCGGUAAAAAAAUGUAGUCUGUAAUUUUGAACCAGAUUCACUGAAAUGUGUUAUUAUUACGAGCUAUUUUAGUUUUGCUCAUGUCAUUUCUCAUGUUGCCAGUGGUUACUUAUUAUGUUUGAUCUGAGUGCUGAUUUGGUGGCCAGUGAAGGAGGGAGGGGUCCACCAGACAGACCUGGGUUCAAACUGUAUUUGCCAUCUUUCAAAUACUGUAGCUUUGCUUGAUUAAGCUUGCCUGGCUCAAUGGGACCAAUGUAAUCACCCCAAAAGUGCAAACCCCACCCAUCUGGCAUGUUCUCCAGUCAGGCUAAAAUAUGCAAAUGCUCCAAGUAUGUGAACAAUUUCAAAUACUAUUUGAACCCUGGUAGGCCUCCAGAAAAUCACACAGUGUGAGUGAAACUUUGCUCGGCUCAGGAAGGACAUCCGCCAUGUCUCCUGCUCUUCACCCCUGACCUUUAAUCACAUGUCCUAGUACACGACCCAAUCAAUGUCGACCUGCAAGGAUAUUCUCUCCCUUCCAUUUCCCAAAUACCAGCAGCUAAAGCUCAGUAAGGGUGCUCUUAUCUUGGAACAUUACAGCAAAAUAGUAUAUACAGUGCAUUCGGAAAGUAUUCAGACUUUUUCCACAUUUUGUUACGUUACAGCCUUAUUCUAAAAUGGAUUAAAUAACAAU